CAUUCAGUCAAAUUAUUCAAUCAAAGCGUCGUUCGUUCGUUGUUUGGUAGUGGGAAGAUUUCUAGGUAUUUAUUUUAUUUUUUAAGCGAAACUACAUAAUAAGUGUCAAUAAAUUAUGUUGUAAAGGCCAAACCAAGUUUAAAAUGUUUUAUCACAUAAACUUUCAGAUAUCUUUAGAACACGAAAUCCUCCUGCAUCCUAGAUAUUUUGGACCACAAUUACUGGAUACUGUCAAGCAAAAGUUAUACACAGAAGUCGAGGGAACAUGUACAGGAAAGUAUGGCUUUGUUAUAGCCGUAACAACAAUAGAUAGCAUCGGUGCAGGUCUUAUUCAACCAGGUCAGGGGUUUGUGGUGUAUCCUGUCAAAUAUAAAGCUAUAGUGUUCCGGCCAUUCAAGGGAGAGGUCCUGGAUGCCAUUGUCACACAAGUGAACAAGGUAGGCAUGUUCGCACAAAUUGGGCCACUUAGCUGUUUUAUUUCACACCAUUCCAUACCAGCAGACAUGGAGUUCUGUCCAAAUGUGAAUCCUCCUUGCUACAAGAGCAAGCAGGAAGACAAUGUCAUCCAAGAAGAGGAUGUCAUCAGACUGAAGAUUGUGGGCACCAGGGUCGAUGCCACAGGCAUUUUUGCGAUUGGAACUCUGAUGGACGACUAUUUAGGAUUAGUAACUCAAUGAUUCUGUAUUAUUAUUUAAGUGUCAUAGUAUAAGGGUAAAAUAAAUAUGAAAUAUUAAAACAAUAUUUUUA